AUGGAGGCCGGCGAUGGCACGGAGGAGACCCCGCUGCCUCUGGCGCUGACCAGGUUUCAGCUCUCCGAGGAGUACGGCUUCCUUCUUCCCGAUCCUCUGACAGAGCUGCCGGCGCCCUACGGUCCCUGGAUGGAGAUUGCCCACGACCUGCCUCAGCUGAUCACGAGCCAUCGGCUCCGCUCACAAGUUUACCAGAUGCCGCAGCUGAGCGCCCGGCACCUCCGGGGGCACGAGGAGCUGCACUUGGCGCAUCUGGUGCUCAGCUUCAUCACGAUGGGCUACGUCUGGCAGGAGGGCGAGGAGGGCACUGUGAAGGUAAUGCCCCGAAAUCUCGCUGUCCCCUUCUGGGAGGUCUCGCAGGCCCUCGGCCUCCCGCCCAUCCUCAGCCAUGCGGACUUUGUGUUGGCCAACUGGAGGAGGAAGAACCCCAACGGGCCUCUGGAAAUUGAGAACCUGGACACCAUCAUCUCGCUGCCCGGGGGAGAGAGCCUGCGAGGCUUCAUCCUCGUCACCCUCCUGGUUGAGAAGGCGGCUGUGCCUGGGAUUAAG